AUGCAAACUGAAGCGUUGAAAUUCUGGUUCUAUGCUUUGUCAGUUUCUGUUGCCUUGGAUCUAUACGAACUCUUAUUUGUUUACUCCGACUCCGCAUCGUCUCAGAGCGACCAUCCAACCAACCAGAAGGAGGCUACCUCAACCAUCGUCGAAAAGACUGGUGACAAGGGUGUGGCCAAUGAGCCGCCACAGUCGAAAGCAAGGCAUGCUAAAUCCGCAAAACGCCGCGCUGUGUACAGGCAACUGGCAAUUGACAGCUGUGAUUUGCUGAUACCAAGUGCAGCGGUAGGCUGGCUCCAACUCGAUCCCGUCACAGUUGGCGUUGCAGGGACGGUUAGUGCAUUGCUCGGCGGCUCGGAUGUUUGGCAACGGGUCAAUGCUUGA